AUGGGUUGCAGCAUGAGGGAAAAACACAUCAGGGCCAAUCGGAGACUCCGAUCAGCGAAACCGGACUCCGAUUCUUGCGACAAAGAUGCCAUAUCCAAAUCCAUAGCCGAGUCUGGUCUCAAGCCCUUCAAAUACCACCAUAUGGCUGUCAACGAUUCUUCCCAGAGCCCAAAUUCAAACCCUAAUGUCGAGGAAACCGGGUGGGGUUACUGUACAGAGGAACAAUUGGAAGAGAUUCUGUUGAAAAACUUGGAGUUUAUUUACAAUGAAGCUGUGGCAAAGCUUGUUGCGUUGGGUUACGAUGAGGAUGUUGCUGUUAAGGCCAUGCUGCGAAAUGGGCAUUGUUAUGGUGGCAUGGAUGCGCUGACGAAUAUUUUGCACAAUUCCUUGGCGUAUUUGAAUAGUAAUAGUGAUGGUGGUGGUGGGAAUAUGGAUGAGACUGAACCUGUAUUCUCUAAUUUGAGGCAGUUGGAGGAGUACUCUGUGGCGGCUUUGGUGUGUUUGGUGCAACAGGUGAGGCCACAUUUGAGCAAGGGUGAUGCAAUGUGGUGUUUGCUAAUGAAUGAUCUUCAUGUUGGGAGGGCUAGUGCUAUGGAUAUUCCAGUGGCAGGCGCUGGGAGCCCUGGUCCUCCUACCGGUGAGGGAGGUGUUAAUUCGACUAGUGUUAUCGCUCCAGCUUUUUGUAGGUUUCAUGGAGGGUGGGGAUUUGGAAAUGGGGGAGGCUUAGAAUUUCCUGGCGUUAUCGCUUGCGGGACAGAGAUGAAUUUACAGCUGCAAAGAGACAUUGAGUUUCCGAAGAGGUUUAAUCUUUCUCCUUCAAUGAAGUCCUUAUUAAAGAGAAAUGUUGCAAUAUUUGCUGCUGGUUUUAGGGCGAAUUCCAAGCAGUUGCAGGCGCAGGCAAAGGCCAUUGCUGGCCGGAGUAAUGCAUAUAAUUUUGAUUCUUUUGCUGCGACCGGGACAGGGGUACCGGCUGAGCAAUCUGGAGGAGAUUCACAGAAUCUUGAUAACCAAGAUGCUGUGAAUUCGGUGCUGAGUAAAUUUCGUGAUUUGAAUCUUGAUGAGAAUUUGGAGCUUGUGGCGGAAGAUCAGAAGGAUGAGGUGAUAGUCACUUUAUUUCAUCAAAUCAAGGAUCUUGAGAAACAGGUCAGUGAGCGAAAAGAUUGGGCUCAUCAGAAGGCAAUGCAGGCAGCUAGAAAGCUAAGCAGUGAUCUAACUGAGCUCAAGAUGUUGCGGAUGGAAAGAGAGGAGACUCAAAAAUUGAAGAAAGGGAAACCAGUCCUUGAGGACACAACCAUGAAGAGGCUCUCUGAGAUGGAGAAUGCUUUGAGAAAAGCCAGUGGUCAACUGGACCUUGCAAAUGCAGCUGUGAGGAGACUAGAAACUGAGAAUGCAGAAAUGAAAGCAGAGAUGGAGGCUUCCAAAUUAAGUGCAUCAGAAUCGGUGACAGCUUGCUUAGAAGUUGCAAAAAGGGAGAAAAAAUGCUUAAAAAAACUUCUAGCUUGGGAAAAACAGAAAACUAAGCUUCAGCAAGAGAUUUCUGCUGAAAGAGAGAAGAUAUCGGAGACAGAAGAAAUGUUGGUUCAGAUUAGACAGAGUCAAAAGGAAACUGAGGUUAGGUGGAAGGAGGAGUUGAAGGCUAAAGAGGAAGCCUUGACACUGGUUGAGGAGGAACGGCGUCGUAAGGAAGAUGCUGAAUCUAAUAAUAAGAGGAGGGUUGAGGCUUUGCGUCUGAAGAUAGAGAUAGAUUUCCAGCGCCACAAGGAUGAUCUACUAAGACUGGAGCAGGAACUUUCGCGCCUUAAAGCAUCAGCUCAGUCUGCUGAGUUGCAUCACCAAUCAAGCACUUCACCUACAAGCAACUCUGAGGGUGCAAAGCCCCAAAGAGAGACCAUUGCUAGGCUGCUUCAACAAUUAGAUAAUCUGGACGAUUUUUCAGAUAAAGAAGUGAAUAGCAACAGAGAAUGCAUUCUAUGUAUGAAAGAUGAAGUCUCUAUUGUUUUCUUGCCCUGUGCACACCAAGUUAUGUGUGCUAGUUGCAGUGAUGAGUAUGGAAGAAAAGGUAAAGCUGCUUGUCCUUGCUGCAGGGUUCAGAUCCAACAGAGAAUCCGUGUAUUUGGGGCAAGUUCCUAG